UAAAAAAGACAUUGCCCUGUCCUAAAUUCCAACAUUUUCCAAAUGUCAACAAACCUCUGUCAAAUCGUACUGCAGUUUUGACAACUGUCAAGUCAUGUUUACAAAAAUAUUUGUUUUUCCGUGAUUUAGUAACAUUCCUGAUACGAAUCUCAAGGUCACGCCGACUUCUGUGUCACUUUAUUUACUCAAAGAAGCCCCAACAAGAUGCAACCCAAUCGACGAGAUUUUCGAAACCCCUUUCCAAGACCGUGGAUGCGGGACACGGCAGCGGCAGCCCCCGCCUCGGGGAACAUCGGCCUAAAGGGCAUCGUCGCAGGGGGGCUCACUGGAGGCAUCGAGAUUUGUAUUACCUUCCCUACGGAGUAUGUUAAGACACAAUUGCAACUCGAUGAGAAAGGGGGGCGCAAACAAUACGACGGAAUUGUGGACUGUGUUAAGAAGACUGUCAAAAAUCACGGGUUUUUCGGGCUCUAUCGGGGCCUAAGUGUCCUCAUCUAUGGGUCUAUACCCAAAAGUGCAGUCAGAUUCGGGACUUUUGAAUAUUUGAAAAAGCUCGCAAUGGACGAGAAAGGGGCCCUCACCCCAUCGGGUCGCCUCCUCUGUGGCCUCGGCGCCGGCGUUUGCGAGGCAAUUUUGGCCGUGACGCCAAUGGAAACGAUAAAAGUGAAAUUCAUCAAUGACCAACGCAGUGGUAAGCCCCGUUUUCGGGGUUUUUUCCACGGUGUCAGUAUGAUAAUUCGUGAACAAGGCAUCGGUGGCAUCUACAAAGGCCUUGUUCCUACCAUUCUCAAGCAGGGUUCCAAUCAAGCAAUCCGAUUUUUCGUUAUGGAAACGUGCAAGGAUCUGUAUCGGGGCGGUGACCCCGACAAGAAAGUCCCCAAGGCUGCAGUGGGGGCUUUCGGGGCCCUAGCCGGGGCGUGUUCGGUGUUCGGGAAUACACCGAUUGAUGUCGUCAAGACGAGAAUGCAAGGCUUGGAGGCACACUUAUAUAAAAACACAAUGGAUUGUUUCUUGAAGAUUUGGAAAAAUGAAGGGCCAUUUGCGUUUUAUAAAGGGACAGUGCCGAGGCUGAGCCGAGUCUGUCUUGAUGUUGCUAUCACGUUUAUGAUUUAUGACAGCAUCAUGGAUAUUUUCCAUAAAGUGUGGCCUUGAUUUUAUGACAAGAUAUAGAUUUUAUGAUGGUUUAAAUGUGUGGGAGGGGUGGUGACGUAAAUUAUGUUUUGUUUAAUUUAUUUGAUGCUUGUUCAAUGUUUCGUGUUGUUAAGUUUUGUCAUAAAAUGCCAUUUGUAUGAAAUUUUAUUAUAAGGGACAUGUUUUAAAACUUA